UAGAGGAUCGCAGCUGGAGUGACACACAGGGCACGCUUUGUUCAAGUUUCUUCGCAGACGACGAAAGGCAUACCACUACUAGCAGCCCGACUGCCCACCAUCAACACUUCUUGGCCAGCUUUCCAAUCCGGACAUCCACCUUCUACCGGACUCAUCUUGGAGAAUUGCAGUGGACCGCAGAUUGGGAAAGCAAUGAACAACAGCGCUUUGGCUCUGAGGCCACCUACGACACUAGUUGUUAUGCACAGGCCGCCCGUGCUGUUGCCUAUACUUCUUGCUACAGUUUUGAGUGCAGCCCGCAGAAGAAGGGCAUACGUCUCGGACGCAAUCUGCGUGUUUCAAGUUGGCAAUGCCAGUGGUUACGUCAAAUUUCACCAGAAACCAUUCAGCUUUGUGAAGCUUCAUGGCAAUAUAACCAAUCUACCACAUGGAAAACAUGGCUUUCACGUGCACGAAUAUGGCGAUUUGUCGAAAGGCUGCGCAUCAACUGGUGCCCACUACAAUCCUCUACGUAUGCCUCAUGGUGGUCCUAAGGACAGAAAACGACACGUGGGUGACUUGGGAAACAUCGAAGCUGACCAGAAUGGUACUGCGUUAUUUAACAUGACGGACCGUCUUCUGAGCUUAAACGGCAUAUACUCCAUCAUCGGCCGUGCUCUUGUGGUUCAUGCUGACGAGGAUGAUCUCGGUCGUGGCUCCCACAACGAUAGUCUGACUACCGGACAUUCUGGAAGCCGUAUAGCCUGCUGCGUCAUUGCGAUUCGACCCCCGAAAGCGAAUAAUCGUGAAUGGAAACACGAAAGAUCACCAAAUAAAGGUAGAAAUGAAAAAUAAACAUGAAAAAAAACAUGA